AUGCACUUUUGCUGUCCGCAAGAAGGUGUGAAUAGCGCCAUUGAAGCACACAUCAAUUUUUUUGCGUGAUAAGGACAUUCUGCAACGAAAGCCAACCAAAAAGGUGUUUUUUAUCGUGUUUCCAAUUUGAUUACUCCAUUAGAAAACUCUGAAACGCAUUGCUCAGGUGUAAAAAUAGAUUAGGUUGUUGUUAUUUGUACAUUUAUAUUUUGCUGUUAAUUCGAAAAAACUACUAAACUACAAAGGUACUCUGAAAAGUAAGAGCUUCAAUUAUUUUUAAUGCCUAGUUCAAUUAUUCGACACAGUCCAUUUUGAGCAGAUUGUGAUUGAUAAAAGAUUAUUGCCAAUUCAGCAGCGAUGAUUGGAUUCGUAUAUUAAGAGUAGAUUAAUAAACUUGAAAGCUAGCCUGCAAUCGGUUGAUGCGAUCUGUGUGAUUUUCUAUUGUGUACUGUAAUCAUAUCUAGUCCUGGUGAACAAGUAUAAAAUAAAAAUGUAUCAAAAACGUUUAAUGCGAAUUAUCUAUCUGCUAAUCUUUAUGAUCGUACUUAUAUUGCUGUAUAAGAGUUUUUCCAAUGCUCCAGAAACGACGAAUGAACUUCAGGAAGAAUCAAUAAAUCGACCGUCAGAUGCUCCCGUCUAUGUGAUGGUCUACUAUGAAGCCCUUUGUCCAGAUUCCAAAAAUUUCGUUCUUAAGCAAUUACAUCCCACUUUUGUGCGUGCUCCAAGCCUUAUUGAGAUUCAGUUUGUGCCGUAUGGAAAGGCCACGACCAGUACCAACUCGGACGGAUCACUAUCCUUCGACUGCCAGCAUGGGCCAAUUGAGUGCGAAGCUAACAUUAUUCAUGCAUGCGUUGUUGAGGCAGUUCACGACGCGAAAACGCGACUAAAUAUGGUCGCUUGCAUGAUCCGCGACAACCUCAUCCCCAAAGAUGCAUUCUACCGAUGUGCCAAAGAGAACUCCGUGGAAAUUGAGUCCAUUCAGAAGUGCUACGAUAGCCCGCAUGGUGCGGAGCUACUUAAACUGCACGGUGCAGCAACCCAUGCGCUGCGACCGGAGGUUUCGUUCAUUCCAACGAUUACUCUCGAUGGCCAGCUAGGACGGCAGGCCUCUAUUUUGAAGGAUUUAUUCAGUGAGGUAUGCAAGGUGGCUUCAGGACGAGGACCGAAACCGGCAUCAUGCGAAUGAUAGCAGAUGAUGCUCUACUCGAUAAAUCGUUUCUUCCGAAACGAGUUGUACGAGGAGAUCCGACAGAUUCCAGGACGCAUUCAAAGCUCUAUUCUACUGCUGCUGCAGUAGUUUGGUUCGAUUUAGGUUUACGAACGUACAGAAAAAGCCCUCCACAGAGACUUUUCCAAAUACAUCGAUUAGGUUGAAAGUUUACAAAUGAUGUGAGAAAUUGUUUUUGUUAAUAGUCAACGAUGUUCCCUAUAUUUUCUAAUUGAUCAAGCUAGUGACACACUUCAUCUAUUUAAAGAAAAUCGUAUUCCUACACCAUUACUUAUUUCAAUGGUGAAAAGUAUCAAACCAUAUUCAUGUGUCUACAAUGUUCGUAACUUUAGAAUGGUGAUUAGAAAAUAACUCCAAAACCGUGUACCUAGGAAAAACUACACAUAUGUAAGCGUUAGUACUGAUGAAUGUCCUCUAGAUUUAAAUAUUAUAGCAAUAUUAACUGAUCAACUGCAUUAGUAUCUAUUUAAUAGAUGCGUAAUAUUACCAUAACGAUUGGUCAUCGUAAAUACAUACAUUAUAAUUGAAUAGCUUGAAAUAAAAUAAAUUAGUCAAACCUAUAUUAAAAUAA